AUGCUCAGAGCCCGCUACGCACGAAGAGCUUUUAAAGCUCGAACUCCCCGCGCACCCCUGACAGAGGGCUGCAGGGGAAGCGUCUCCAGCCAAGAGCCGCGGCUCCUGUGCGGGCUCCGGCGCCUCAGGAAGGCCCCCAGGGAGAAGCGGCAGGCGCAGAUGCCGGCAACCUCGGGGAGCGGGUCUCCCGACAGACAAGCCCUCGGAGCAGACGCGAUGCUGAGGGGCACGAGGGAACAGCCUGAGGAAACUCCUCAGCCAGCUCCCCGGCGAAUCUUCCAGGAGAGGCAGAGGAUCACGGGCCUGCCUUUGUACUUCCAAGGUUACCUGUCUGUCCGGCACUCAAGCUGCCAGGAAUUUAAAGUGUAUUGGACAGAACUUAGAGGAACUACGCUCUUUUUUUACGAUUAUAAGAAAACCCCAACAUACUCACAGAAAUUAGAUAUAUCAUCUUUGACCUCAGUGACCAGUGUUUAUCCAGAUGAAAAUGGCUCUGCACACUUCAUCCUGAUGCUGUCAAAUGGGGAACUAGAACUGAAGGCUAAUGACUGUGAAUAUGGGAAAGAAUGGAAGGGUUUUAUUCUCACUGUAACAAAGCUGUCAGUCCCACCAGAUGAGUCGUUACUACCUGAGCAACUUACAAGAAUGCAUGAAGUGCUAGAAAAGGAAAAUAAAAGAAGGAUUAUGCCUAAUGACUGUUCCAGCACAUCCUUGAACAGGAAAAGCCCUCCCAGCAGUACACUGACCAUUAUGCCAGAGUGUUUCUAUGCAGUGUCUCGGCAAGAAGCGAUGGAGAUGUUAGAAAAGAACCCUUCAUGUGGGAAUUUGAUCCUGCGCCCUGGCAGCGACCGCAAGAACUAUGCAAUCACUAUCCGACGUGAGCUGGAUACCCCACGCCUAAAGCACUACAAAGUGACAUCCAAAGGAACAAGUUACAUUAUUGAAGCGGAUAAACGGGUGACACUCCCAAGCCUUCAGGAUGUUGUCAAUUACUUUGUGACCCAAACCCAAGGGAACCUGAAGCCAUUUGUCCGACAGACAUACAGUGCAGCCAGACCAAUGUUCUAA